GUGAAUACAGGCAUGCUUGACUACUACUAUUACCCUGCGCUUCAAACUCUUCUAAUACGGUUAUAACCCUAGCUAAGCUAGCCAGGUUGCUUCAAUCAUUCUGGCAGGAAUUGAAAAUGCUGGGACUCUCGAAUUUGGGUUUUUGGCCUCAUGAUUCUCGAUGCAAAAGGCAGUCCGGCCUGUUCGUAUGGCACGUUUGCAGCCCUGGAAUGGACCAGCUCGUCGGUUAGAUUCAGCGUACUAUCCUCCAGCAAAGACUCCAUUGUCGUGAUCGUUCACAGUUGCACGGGUAGCCUCGUUCGCAUGGCAAGCUUAGCCCUCACAUAUUUGACGCCUGUUCUUUGGUGGUGAGGGACGUUCCGUUAGUUUGAUCUUCACCACAAUCCGUGCCCCAGGGUUCGACGCAGCUACUAGAUCCUUGUAAGGUGUUGACUACUCCGACAUAGCGUGCUCAGUGGGUGUUGUCGAUGACCGAAAGCAGUGGCGAGCGCUGCUGGUUUGUCUCUGGACUCGUGGAGGCUGAUGGCUGGGUGUCUGUUUGGUUCGUCGCAGGGAUCUUGAGUGCCCUGUGUGUCGGUGCUGGUGGGCUAUUUGAACGGUGGAAAAUCAAUCGAUAUGCCUUGACCCUGGUAUUACCAUCAAGACUACGCCAACAUGGUGUUGGUUUGAGCUCUGUCUCUAAGCGUGUUGCUGCGGCAGUGAAGAGUCGCCGAGUGUCUCUUGGUAUGGAGCCUGCCUUGCCAAGAAGAUGUGGUUAGGCUAUAACUGUACGGCCAUGUCUUCCGAUUGAAUGGCUAAUUGUCCAGCUCACAUUUCAGGCGGCUUUACUGGCUUUGUAGAUAUGCUUAAAUUCGUCCAUCAGGUUUUAUCUAGACAGAGGUCUGAUUCAAACGCAGCUGCUGUCUUCGCGGUUGCGCGUGCUCCAGUGGGUCCUGCUCGGAACUUCCUCCGACAUGCGAAAGGGAAGAGCCCACAGUCGCAAGAGCUCCUUUCGAAUCGUUCCUGUGGUUCCCUCUGUC